AUGAAUUAUGUUCAUCCUCCCGUACUAGUCGUUGGUGCUGGGCCAGUGGGUCUGAUAGCAGCGUUGACGCUCCUUCAAAACGGUAUCCCAGUCCGCAUCAUCGAGAAAGACCACCACCCCCGUAUCGGACAGCGUGGUGCUGGAACAUGGCCACGCUCCCUCGAAGUCUACAACUUCCUGGGCGUUUCAGAAGUCAAUAGUCUGGGGAAAUCAGCCCCUCCCGGACGUUGGUACAAGCCCGGGACGUUGGAACCUUUGAAAGACUCAUUGCUAGUCCCGCAUCUGGAACCUACUCCAGCAAUACCAUUCCAUGCCCCCAAAUUGAUGGGUCAACAGCUCCUAGAUGUGAUUCUGCGACGCCAUCUAGAGAAGUUUUCUUGUUCUGUUGAGAUGGGCACCGAACUGCGCUCAUUCGAACAGUGCGACGAGGGCGUCACUGCUAUUCUAGCAAAGAACGGCAUAUCAGAGACUUUUGAUACCAAGUGGAUUAUCGGCGCUGACGGUGCUAAAAGCAUAGUGCGCAAGCAACUUGGACUCACAUUUUUGGGCGAGAGUAGAGACGAUAUCCAGAUUGUGACUGGAGAUAUCCGUUUGACGGGCGUGGGCCUCGAUAGAGUGCUGAGAGCUGAAGAGCUGGUCUUCGAAACCAUCGCGUCGUUAACACUGACAGAGAUUACAUUCAACAAGGUGGUCUGGAUGGGCAACUUCCGGACCAAUAUCCGGAUGGUGAAUAAGUUCAGCGAGGGUCGAGUGUUCGUUGCCGGUGAUGCUGCUCAUGUCCACAGCCCAAUGGGUGGUCAGGGACUCAAUUCAGGUGUACAAGAUGCAUUCAAUCUAGGAUGGAAACUCGCGCUCGUCCAGAAAGGGCUCGCCGACAAGUCUCUUCUCGAGACAUACAGCGCCGAGCGUCUGCCUGUGAUCUCCGAGAUGCUCGAGAUGACGACCUCGAUUCUCGACAAGGCCACAGCGUCUGGGAAGCUGUCGGCCGUACAAAGUCCCAUUCUUUACAUGCUCGGCAUCAACUGCCGAUUCAGCACCGUCGUACUCGAUGAAUUUGUUACUUCAGUUGAGAGGAAGCCUAUCAACGCAUAUGGUGUGCUUGAUGAGGGGCAUCUGGAAGCUGGGGACAGGGCGCCUGAUGCGUCCAAUAUGUUGCAGGUGGGGGGCGCAGAGCCCGAUACGAUGACGCUUUUUGGUCUGUACAGACCUUGGUACCAUACAAUGCUUGUAUUUGCGCCGAGUCUCGCUGAUGCUACCCUGAUCUUGGGUGCACUGGAGGCAUACGACAAAAGCGUCGUACGAUCGGCAGUCAUUUUGCCAUCACCGGCAUCAGUGACGCCUGUCGCGUCUCCUGACCUCGUUCUUUUUGAUCGAGAAGGCUAUGCUUAUUCGGCUUACCUCGUGGAAGCUGGCCAGACGAAGGUGUUUGUGAUACGGCCGGACGGAGUGAUUGGGGCGAUCGUUCAUGGUGCAGAAGGCGUGAAGAAGUAUUUCUCAAACAUAUUUUUGGAUGCAUAGUGGUCGGAAUAUUUGUUCUCUACUUACUAUUUUUUACAAGCACGGCUCAUUCCUGUAUACGUCCGAGUCAUGCAAUGUAGUGUAUCAUAUUUGUAA